AUGGCUCCCACUCACGAAGAGCGUGUAAAAACAUUGAAAUUGAAACGCGAAGCAUUUAAAAUGGAGGUAGAGUCAUUUCAAUUAUUACUAGAUAACUUUGAAGAAGGUACAUCAAGCACAAAUAUUCGCGUGCAAUUAGAAGAAUUAGAGUCCGAGUUUUCAGCGUUUAAUAAAUCUCAAGCAGAAUUAGAUGGUUUAGAAGAUGGUCAUUUAUUACGGGAGCGGAUAGGUCUAAAAACAACAUACAAUACAUGUAAAGCUCACGCGUUAGACAUUAUAGACAAUGCCAUGACUUCCCACCCUAGAGGCACAGUAGCUAUCGAUUCGCGGAAUACACAAGAUACACCGCAGUCACAUACAGAAUCCUUUGAAAGUGAAGUUACGCUUCCAAAAAUCAAUUUACCAACCUUUGCUGGGUCAUACGAAGAUUGGCCAGGAUUUGCAGAUCAAUUUCGUUCUACGGUACAUGACAAGCCACGUAUAGAUGAUGGUAAAAAACUAAUGUACCUUCGAUCUUGUUUAAAAAACGAAGCUGCUGAAGCAAUCGAAUCUUUAGGCAAUGCAGCAAUCAAUUACACAGUUGCAUGGGAAAUUUUAGAAAAGCGAUACAAUGAACCCCAAAUAAUCGUCGCCAAUCGUCUAAAAUUCUUGUUUGAUAUGCCGCAAACACAGCGACCAUCAUAUCAAGAUCUUCGAACUCUUUUAAACGGAAUACAAACACACUAUCGUGCAUUACAAGCGCUCAAACAGCCGACUAUCGAUACCAUUCUUGUAUAUUUGUUCACAUCUAAACUCGACAGUGAAACUAGACUUAAAUGGAAAGAACAUACGCAAACCACAAAGUUCCCAACAGUUGAAGAAUUAUUUGAUUUUUUGAGCGAUCGAUGCAAAGUUCUUGAACCGGUAGGAUCCGCGUAUAACACAUCAGUUAAAGUCACAUCUCCGGCAUACAACACGCGUAGCAGAAACUCGCCGUUUAUUAACAAACGAAUGCCAGGUCGCGAACUGCGUUCAAAUACACAACAAUCGUUUGUAACGCAAUCUCGUAUAACAUGCAAUUUCUGUAAGGGAUUACACUUUUCACAAAAUUGUGAAAAAUUCACAUCACUGUCUGUUUCGGAAAGAUCAAAGUUCGUCAAAGAAAACCGCCUUUGUUUCAAUUGCCUACGACGGAACCAUUCCGCUAACGAAUGUCAAGCAACUACCUGUAAGCACUGUCAUAAACGGCACCAUUCAUUGCUCCACAUUGAGGCUAAUAACUCUGUCCAUCCGCUUCAGACGAAUUUUACAUGUCUCGCUACUAUGACUAUGCCAAAUAUUAUUUUGUCUACCGCAAUGGUCGAUAUUCUAGACAACCACGGAAAAGCGCACUCGUGUCGGAUGCUAUUAGAUUCCUGUUCUCAAGCUCACUUUCUCAGUGAGCGAAUGUGUAAUCGUCUAGGAAUAAAAUCACAUAGAAUUUCAAUUCCUCUGAGUGGCACGAAUCAAAUGAAAUCUCAAAUUGAUCGUGCUACAAAUGCAACUAUAAAAUCGCGUCAUAGUCAUUACGAGGCCAAAUUAACGUUUCUAAUUGUAAAAGAAAUAUCGCAGCCAGUACCUUCAGAAUCCUUAGAUCGUAAUAAGAUUCAAAUCCCAGCUGGUAUCCGAUUAGCAGAUCCCAGGUUUGAUCAAUGUGCAGAAAUCGAUGGACUCAUUGGAGCUCAAAUAUUUUGGGAUCUUAUACAUGCCGGUAAAAUACUUUUAGCUGAUGAAAAACUAAAACUCCGCAAAACCGAAUUAGGAUGGAUAGUAACAGGGGAAAUCAUUGGAAAGGGACAAUCUCGCGAUACAAUUUGCAACCUCACGUUGAGAUCAUUAAACGACGAUAUUCAGAAGUUUUGGAAUAUUGAAGAGUACCCCUCAACGAGAAUUCUUUCUCCAGAGGAACGCGCGUGUGAACAGCAUUACGUCGCACACACCACACGUAGUUCAACUGGCCGAUAUAUAGUCAAACUUCCAUUUAAAGACACACAUCACAAAUUAGGUGAUACGUAUCAAAUGGCAUUAAAACGCUUUCUUUCAUUGGAACGGUCUUUAAGUAAAUCCACUAGCCAACAACGGCAAUAUCACGAAUUUUUACAAGAGUACAGAAGAUUAGGUCAUAUGACACAAGUUUCAGACAACCGCAGUGGUGGCUGUUAUCUCCCGCAUCAUCCAGUGAUUAAAAUGGACAGCAUUACCACAAAAAUCCGGGUCGUAUUUGACGCAUCUGCGCGUUCAUCUUCAGGCAUAUCUUUAAACAAUACACUCAUGGUCGGUCCCACUAUCCAAGAUGAGUUGUUUUCCAUUAUAAUGCGAUUUAGAAUACAUAAAUACGUAUUAACCGCAGACAUCACAAAAAUGUACCGACAAAUCGAAUUACACCCUGAUGACCGAAAAUAUCACAAAAUUCUUUGGCGUGAAAACACAAAUGAUCCUAUUCAAGUCUACCAAUUAAACACAGUUACAUACGGCACCGCAUCGGCACCAUACCUCGCGAUUCGUACCUUACAACAAUUAGCUCACGACGAAGGUCAUAAUUAUUCAGUAGGAGCGCAAAGCAUUUGUAAAGACUUUUAUGUUGACGAUUUGCUCACCGGUGAGGAAUCUAUAGAAAAGGCCAUCAAAUUACGGGACGAACUCAUCGACUUGACCGCGAAAGGAGGAUUCGAACUUCGACAAUGGGUCUCCAACGAACCGCGGCUAAUAAACUCACUUAAGAAUCCGAACAACACCGACCAUAUAGCUUUAGAUACUGUGGAUUCAAAGAAAACCUUAGGUUUAUAUUGGAAGCCUACAAUGGACACACUAGGUUAUUCGUUGAAACAAAUAAUACCACCCGGAAAGGUAACAAAAAGGACGGUCCUUUCUAAAAUCGCACAACUAUUUGACCCGCUUGGUUUAUUAGGUCCAAUAAUCGUACAAGCUAAGUUAAUAAUGCAGGACUUAUGGAAAUCCCAAAUAGAUUGGGACGAAGCCGUACCGCUCGGCAUUCACACAACAUGGUUGGCCUUUCAGGCACAAUUAAAGGAAAUUCAGCAUAUUCAUAUUCCUAGACGCGUGAUAGCGGAUAAACGUACAACGUUGCAAUUACAUGGCUUUUGCGAUGCUAGUGAACGAGCCUACGGAGCUUGUAUAUAUAUCCGCAGUACAGACUCUUCACAUCAUCAUAGUACACAUUUACUUUGCUCCAAAUCUCGGGUAGCUCCAUUAAAAACACAAACGUUACCAAGAUUAGAAUUGUGUGCUGCUGUAUUAUUAAUUAAAUUGUAUAAUAUAGUCGUAAGAUCUAUUAAUAUCACUUUCCAAAAAAUCACGUUCUGGUCAGACUCUACGAUAGUUCUUCAUUGGAUUAAUACAGCCCCACACACACUUAAACCUUUCAUUGCUAAUCGGGUAACUGAAAUCCAGCAAAACAGUACGUACACCCAAUGGCGACAUGUACCAUCAGAACACAAUGCCGCAGACGUGUUAUCACGAGGACUAAACCCCGCUGAACUUAAGACUCAUCCCAGUUGGUACCACGGCCCACAUUGGUUAUCUCAGUCAGAAGACAUUUGGCCGUAUAUUGAAAUACAGCCAAUAGAGAUUCCUGAAAAGCGCAAACUAGUAGUUUUAAAAAACACAAUAGCUACAGAGUUUCAGUUGCUUGAUAAAUUCUCGUCAUUCACGGUCCUCAAACGGGUUGUCGCGUAUUGCUUCAGAUUCGUAAACAAUACUCGGCACCAAGAGAAAAACACUGGCCAUCUCACUACGGACGAACUAACAAAAGCUACUGUUCGGAUAAUAGCACUCGUACAGAAAGUUGCAUUUCCCGAGGAACUACGAGAAUUGAAAACAUCGUCACCGGUUCGUAGAAAAAACAAGUUAUCACCAUUAGGUCCAUUUCUAGACAGUCACGGAGUUCUUAGAGUCGGUGGUAGAUUAUCAUAUGCAGCGUUACCAUACGAAGUAAAACACCCCGCAAUCCUACCGCAACAACACCAUAUCACAAACUUAAUUAUUCAAGACGCACACAUUAGACACGGGCAUAGUGGAACGCAGAGCACACUAAACGCGAUAAGACAAUUAUUUUGGCCAAUCAACGGCAAAGUCGCGGUAAAAUCCAUUAUUAGAAAAUGUAUAACUUGCCAUAAAAUGGCACCCGCAACGCCACAGUAUCCCAUAGGUCAGCUUCCAAAACACAGAGUGACAUUCACUCGACCAUUUAUAACGACCGGCGUUGAUUAUUGUGGGCCAUUUUAUAUAAAAGAAAAGAAACACCGCAAUACUAAGAAAAUCAAAACCUAUGCAGCCAUUUUCGUUUGCUUCAGCACUAAGGCUGUACACAUAGAACUUGUAAGUGAUCUGACAUCUGAAGCUUUUCUCGCAGCACUAAAAAGGUUUUUUGCACGACGCGGGAAGUGUAGCAAUAUAUACAGCGAUAACGCAACGACAUUCACGGGAGCAAAUCGCGAAUUAGAAAAAAUUCACACUCUACUAACCGUUGAGAAAAAUACUCAAAUACACAGGUAUCUUGUGAACAACAGCAUUCGAUGGCACUUUAUUCCUCCUCGCGCACCAAACUUUGGUGGACUAUGGGAAGCUGCGGUAAAAUCAUGCAAACACCAUCUUCUUCGCAUUAUGGGAAACACACUAUUCACGUAUGAAGAGUUAUCUACGUGCUUGAUAGAAAUAGAGGCAAUCCUAAACUCACGACCUUUAACCCCAUUAUCCACAGAUCCUAACGACCUUACUCCGUUAACGCCUGGUCAUUUCUUAAUAGGUGACUCAUUAACAAGCACCCCCGAGUGCGAUCUUACCGUUUUGAAAGCAGGUCGAUUAUCCUCAUGGCAACAUAUACAACAAAUCAGACAACACUUUUGGGGCAGGUGGUAUAAGGAGUAUCUCAAUGAAGUGACAGUGAGGAAAAAAUGGCAUCACGAAACCACUACCAACAUAAAAGAAGGCAUGCUGGUCAUCUUGAAGGAAGAUAACACGCCUCCACUUCACUGGCCCAUGGGACGCAUAGUUGCUACUCAUCCAGGAGACGAUGGCAUCGUUCGCGUCGUCACAGUAAAGACAAUUCACGGUGAAUACAAACGCAAUCUUAAAAAAAUAGCUCCAUUGCCAAUUGAUUACCCAAACGACACGUAA